AUGUUUAUGCAGUUCCACAAGAGCAUUCUUGCGCAACUGCCGGAAAUUGUGAAAAUGCAGUUGUGCCUGAACAUCACCCCCAAAAUUGCAUUUGUGCAAUUUUUGGAAGUUGGACCAAGAGUCCAAGCAGACUUAAUUAAUUGUGCAACCAGCAUAACAUUUGAUCCAAACACGGCACAUCCAAGUCUUGCUGUUUCUGAAGACAGGAUGUAUGUGGAAUCAGGUGGUGUCCAAGAUGUGCCUGACAAUCCAGAAAGAUUCGAUAGCACGGCCUGUCUGCUGGGUUCUCCAGGAUUUACAUCUGGGAAACAUUACUGGGAAGUGAAGUAUGAAAACCAGAGGGAAUGGGCAGUAGGGGUGGCCAAGGGAUCUGUGGAAAGGAAAGGCUAUAUCACACUUACUCCCGAGGAAGGAAUUUGGCAAGAGGGUCUCUGGUGGCUUCGGCGAAUGGACACAACUUCCCAAACACUUCCCAACCAACCUGAAAAGAUUGGGGUGUUUCUGGACUAUGAACAUGGUACUGUGUCUUUUUAUAUGGGUAGCAAAGUCAUUCGAAAGAAAGCCUCCUUUGAUGGGGAGAAAGUUUUCCCUUUCUUCUAUGUGGGUAGAGGUGUAUGGCUCAAAUUGAUCUCCUGA